UUGUGUUCGUAAUGCAGAAUAGAAAGCUUACAAAAAGUGAUUACUAUCAAUCGCGAACGGAAAGGAACGAUAGAGAUAACUCAUUCAUGGGCAAUGCCGAUGAAGCGCUCGAAAUGCUAACCUCGAGGCGUGCCAAGCUGCGCGAUUGGAUACAAAGAGCUUGGACGCACUACAACCAAAAUCAGAUUGACGGGUUUGUGCUGCUGCUGGAGAAUUCGAUUACGCGCGGGCUGAAGGGCUAUCCCGGGUAUGAGGCAGAUCUGCUAAGAACUCACGCUAUGCUGACCGCCCAUUACUUUCGCAUGGCUUGUAACGAGGUGGGCCAGCGCAGCUCCGAUUGGCAGGAGAAGGUCUUGGACCAGCUGCAGAUCAUUGACGCAAUGAAUAURGAGUCCAAUGAGAUUCCGUACCUGCUGUCUCGCGGCUUUGCGCUGAUGCUGGUUGAUGGCUGUCUUCCGGAAGUGCAGAUGCAGUUCGUAUCCGUGCUGCGCCAGUCGCCAUACAAUGUGCCCGCGCUGCUGGGCCUCGGCUGCCUGGCGUACAAUCGUCAGGAGUACCGCUCGGCCCUGGGCUACUUCAAGAGUGUGCUGUCGCAUCACCCAGACGGGCCGGCCGAUGUGCGCCUGGGCAUGGGCCACUGCUUCCUAAAGAUGGGCGACCUGGACAGGGCCCGGCGAGCCUUCGAGCUGGCCGUGGAGAGCAACGAGCGCUGCAUAAAUGCGCUGAUAAGCAUUGCCCAGCUGAAGCUCAACGAGCGCCAGCGCGAGGCCAACGUGGAGGCGACGAAGCUGCUAUGUACUGUCUUUGAGCUGAACAAUCGGCAUCCCGUCGUGCUCACCUGGCUGUCGUGCCACCUGUACUAUACGCGCAACUAUGAGAAGCUGCGGACGGCGGCGGGCAAUGCCUUUUUGAUUACCGAUGAUCCGGAUCUGAGGGCCCAGAACUGUUACCACAUUGCGCGCAGCUUUCACGCGACGAAGGAAUACGAUCGCGCCUUCGACUUCUAUGGCAAGGCCGUGAGGUUCCAGCCGAACUUUUCGCCGCCACACCUGGGCGUCGCCCAGAUAUACGUGCGUCGCGGGCAGCUGUACUUGGCGGAGCUCUCGCUGCGCUCCUUGCUCAAGAUGAUGCCCGAGAAUACGGAGGCGCUGCGCAUGCUGGGUGCGAUCUACACCCAGUCCGCCGAGCCCACUAAGCUGGACAAGGCCGUUCAGCUAUUCCAGAGCGCGCUGGACCACGGCGGACGGGAGGACUGCGACACAUGGCUGGCUCUAGGCGAGGCCUACGAGCGCAAACAGCAGUGGCAGCCGGCCAUUGACGCCUAUGAGGAGGCCAUCAGCAUCUACCAGCGUACGCACGGUAAGGACAAGGAUAUACCCCUCCCUUGGCUUAAUAAUUUGGCUGCGCUGCAGCAGCACGCCGGGCUGCCAGAGGCGGCGCUUAUUACACUGGAUAAGGCAAUUAGGGAGCUACCAAAGAACCCGAACUCGGAGCAUAGCGAGAGCAAUUUGCUGACCGUAAGGUUCAAUAGGGCGCGCGUGCUGGAGGAUCUGGGCUUGGUGAUCCAGGCAGAGAACAGCUACAAGCAACUAAUCAUUGAGUACCCCAACUAUUACGACAGCUACCUGCGAUUGGGCGUGAUGGCCAACAAGUGCAAUAAAGCAGACAUGGCAGUGCACUACUUCACUGCGGUGCUUCGUCUGGAAGCCGAUCACAUAGUAGCGAGGACGUUUCUGGCCAACUUGUAUGCUAGGCAUGGCGCUCUAUCGCAGGCCAUGUGCAGCUACAGUCUGAUCAUGCGUCGACAAGCCAAUGCCGCUGUUUCCAGCACGCUCGUCGCCGUGGGUAACGUGUGCUUGCUCAAGGGGACGCGGGCAACUGCCAGUGACGAAGCGGAUAUGGCUUUACAGUACAACCAGAAUGCUCUGCAGAUGUUCUGCAAGGCCAUCGAGAAGAAUAAACGUAAUCUGUGGGCGGCUAAUGGCUUGGGCGUGGCUAUGAGUCAACUCAGCCACUUGUCAGUUGCAGAGACAAUCUUCAAGCAGGUUGCUGAGUCUAGCUCACUCUGCUCGAAUGCAAUCUUGAACUGGGCACACGUAGCCUUGGACUUGAAACACUACUCGGACGCAGUAGAGAUCUAUAGGAAGUGCCUAAAGGACGUCCUGCCCGCUAACAGUGUGAAGGAAAUGCAAAUGCUAGCCUCUGCUCUCUAUCAGAGCGAGCAGUUCGAUGAGGCCAAGAUGAUUCUGUGCCAGGCACGGCGUGCGGCACCCCAUAAUCCGAAUAUAAUCUUUAAUUUGGGAUUAGUCAUAAAGCAGGCUAUUCGGAGCACAUUUGAUACCAUCCAAACUGAUCUCACUGAACUGCAAAAAGCCGAGCAGAACAUCAGCAUCGCCCUGAGAUUCUUUCAAUACCUAAGCCAAGGAAAAGAGGAAUUGAAAUCAGCUAGAAAGCAAUCUAAGAAGUGUACCAAGCUUCAACAAAGAAUUGUAGAAGAACUUCAGAAUCUACGUGAACAGGAAGAACUAAGCAAGAAGCAAGAGCGCCGUAAGGCUAGGAAAAAUAAGGAAAAGGAAACUGAAAAGGAAGGCCACAACGAAGAGCCACGAAGAAUUCAUGAAGAGAACCCAACACAAGUUGAUGAGCCGAAUGAGAACCCAACUGUGGACACUGAAUACUCUAAGAAAAAGCGGUCGAAAAAACGGCGUAAUUCGAGCAGAGAUGUUGAUGAGCUGCAAAACUUAGAGCUGGAGGAAUCCAAGAGUAAGAAAAAAUACCGAAAGAAGGAAAAUCAGCAAGAAAUUACAGAGAUACAAAGCGAUGCUGAUGUAGAGAAGCGGGUGGGUCCGGUAAAGUUAUCUGAGCGAGAUCGUAUUCUCGAAAAAGACCAAUCCACAAAGCGGAAAGAAGAAAAAGCAAAUGACGCCAAUAACCUUCAGGCUGUCAAAAAUGGGAAUGAAACUAGUGGGGAAACCUCGCAAUCGCAUUCAAAUAAGUCAAUUGGAAAGGAUGAGCUUGAACAGAAAGGAAAGGAGGAGUCACUAGAUAAGAAGUCACGAAAAUCAAAGCGAAAAGAGAAACAUAAUGAUAAGCAAGACGAUGGGGUGAUGAAAAAACCAGAGACAGUCCACGAUCCAGCUCAAGUUGAGAAGAACCCGCUCCAAUUAGAGACAGAUUCACUCAAUUCAAUAGUUACCUCAACGGAAGCACCUAUAGAUAGAUUUGUUGCUUCGAGUGGGGAAACCAUUAAAAAGCAUUCUAAUAAUGCAGUGGAUAUGACUGAGCUUAAAAAGGAAGAGAAGGAGGAGUCACUAGACAAAAAGUCACGAAAAGCGAAGAGAAAAGAGAAGCAAAAGCAAUUGGAAGGUGAGGAGAAUAAAAAGCCGGUGACAGUCCAGGAUCCAGCUGAAGUUGGGAAGAACCAGCUCCAGUUAUUCAACUCAAAAGUUGCCUCAAUGGAAACAACUAAGCCAGAAAGCCAAGUUGCUUCGAGUGGGAAAACCUUGAAAAAUCAUUCGAAUAAGGCAAUGAAUAAUGCUGAGCAGGAAGGACAAAAGGAGACACUUAAUAAAAAGAAGGAGAAAAUUGAAAGUGAGGAAAAUAAAAGUGUAGAGAAAGUUCACCGUUUAACUCGAAAUGAGGAUAAACAACUUCAGGUAAACUCAAUAGAUGCUGUAUUGGAAGCAUCCCAACCCGAAAACAUAGAUGCUUUGAGUGGGGAAGCCCUGAAAAAGGAUAAACAUCAAAAACAGAAGACACAAGAUAAGAGACAAACAACGGAACAGAAGCUAAUCGAUAAGAAAAUCGAAAUUGAUGAGUAUAGGAAACCAGAGAAGGUCCGAGGUCACGUUCAAGUUGAGAAGCUGCUUCAACCAAACACGGAUAUAUUAAAAUCAAUGCCUGAAUCGAAGCUACAAAAUUCCGAUACUUCGAGUGAGGAAACCUUAAAAAGGCAUUCAAGUAAGUCAACGAUGAAGGACAAACAUCAAAAGGAAAGAAAGGAGGAGACACACGAUAGCAAACGAUCAAGAAAACACAAGCACACACAAGAUAAGAAAAUCGACUAUGAGGAAAGUGGGAAGCCAGACAAUGGCCGAGGUCCCGCUCAGGUUGAGAAGAAGCUGCUUCAGCCAGAGGCAGAUGUAUUAAAAUCAACGGCUGAAUUAGCGAAAGAACCAAAAUGCGAAAACUUAGAUACCUCGAGGGGGGAAGCCUUGAAAACGCAUUCAAGUAAGUCAAUGAUGAAGGAUGUACAUCACAAGAAGCGAAAGGAGGAGACACAAGAUAGGGGAGAAACACGAGAACAAAAGCCAACUGAUAAGAAAGUCGAAAGUCAGGAAGUCCGAGGUCCAGCAAAACCAAUUGAUAAGAAAACUGAAAGUGACUGUAAAUAUCCAGAGCAUGUGCGAGAUCCAGCUCAAGAGAAGCAGCCAGGGAUGGAUAUAUUACAAUCAAUUGCUUCAUUAAUGGUAACACCCAAGGCAGAUGCUUCAAACAAGGGGCAGAAGCACACGUCUCGGAAACGAAAAAACGAUGAUAAAGAGUUGGGGAAUGAGAAGAAACACAAAUCAGAUGGAAAAGGAAAGAAAUAG